CCACUCUCGCCCUCCCACUGCUUCUUUUCCCCUUCUCCUUUUCUCUUUCCUCCUGCAGCUAGCCGGUCCCCCUUUGCUCGGGAAACCAAACAACGCCUCGUCUCCAUUUGCCAAUCAAUCAAUCAAUCAAUCAAUCAGUCAGCCGCCAGUUUUGGUUCGAAGCAAUCGCCGCUGUCGCUUCUAAUCCGAAUUCCGCCUCCCACUGUUUGCACCCUCCACCGCCGCCUUCUCCUCCGCCUCCGCCCGCCGCCGGCAUCGCCUUCGCCUUCACCCUCCGCCACCUUUCCUUUCCGCCUUGUUGCGGCCGAGAAACUCGGAUACGCGACGAGAGCUGUGCAUCCGUCUCGAUCCGAGACUCGCCUCACCCACAUCGGUUCCCUCGCUCAGUGGUCGUCUUACAUUCCUUCCCUCUCCUCCGCAUACGCACCAAACCGCCUCUGAGACGAGAUACCCCAGCGACGAACCCCCUCCGACCUCAAUCGAGAAGCAUACUAGAACUGCCCCGUCGCCGUCCCCUCUCGCAGCAACCUUUGUUGCCGCUGUAAUCCGAAGAAUCGGCAACCUUCGCCUCCAAUUCCAAUUUGUCGUUUCUACGUUUCGACAUCGACCGACAGCAGUUCAAUUCAGACAGCGCCAUUGCGUGACACCAUCUGCGACACUUGGCGGUCUUCAACCUUCCCCCGACACACGCCUAUACACGCAAAUCACCUGAAGCUCUCCCAACCGCCUCGCUGCCUACGAGCCACGGCUCAACCGACGUCUUCGACAGAAGCGGGGAACAACAAACGAUCCGACAAACCCCUGGUUCGAAAGAUAAUCGCAUUCUCAAAGCACACUGUCCCCGUUGGCAAUUGAUUGUCGCGGCGCCACCCUCUCGAGGGUGCACUCCGUCUCGACCCAAUACUUCCGUAGCAUGCACCACUCCCAUCAACUCAUUCUCGUCCCAACCACUUAUUCCAAAAUCUAGCUCCCGGCAACUUCAACUACCUUACGGGCAAGGAGAGGGCCCCCCCCCUCUUCUCCCCUCCCUCCUGCCAGCCUCGUGGAGCACAGGCGAUAGCUACCGUGUGCAGCCGGCCAAGCCUUGUCAAAAGCAUCGGCUUUCUGCCCUCUCACAGGGCGGAGAGCGUAGCCCCUGUGGCACGUCGGAACACUGGCGUCGACACGACCACGCACGCGCCAUCCCUCCCGGACCAUGAGGCGGAAUCGCUCCCCGACUUCGCCCUCCUACCGCGCCCUCGCCCAUGGUGCGGGCGCCGGCGCUGUGCCAGAUUCCAUCUCCCUCCUCAGGUCCUUCAAUGUCGACACGAACCCUACUCGGCCCAUGCGGCCCUCUCCUCUGACCGCAUCCACCAUACGCGAUAUGCCACUCGACUUGGUCGACCGCAUCAGAUCCUUCCCCCUCUUCGUGUCGGCACCCGAUGAAUUCCUGGCCGCAAUUGGGAACCACCUUAGACCGCAGGUCCACGCCGCCCAGGAUCAUAUUCUGACUGAGGGCGACGAUGCCCGCGCAAUGUACUGGCUGGUGCGCGGCGUCGUCGCCGUCACGUCGCGCGAUGGUGAAGCUAUCUACGCCGAGCUUAAACCCGGUGCCUUUUUCGGAGAGAUUGGCGUCUUGAUGGACGUCCCCCGCACGGCGACUAUUGUCGCCCGCACCAAGUGUUUGCUCGUCGUGCUCAAGAAAGAGGACCUCCAGGCCGAGCUUCCCAAGUUCCCCGAUAUGGAGAGGGCCAUUCGCCACGAGGCCCAAGAACGACUCAACAUUCUCAAGAAGAAGCGCCAGGAAGGAGGUCACGCCAUCAAGCCGCCCUCGACCCUAGUCAACGGCGCCAGAGAGCCCGCGCCUGGAGAGGUGUCCACGGGCGAGAUGGGCACCAUCAGAGAAGGAGCAGUCGUCAACUCAAAGAAGCGGAAAUCCCCGAGCCCGGGCGCCAUUGAGGACCCUGCCGCAGGUAGUGCUCUUGGCAGCGGCAUCGUCAAUGUACGGAGGACAUUGAGGGAGCUGCCUCUGUUCUCGACGCUACCUCCAGAUAUCCUCCACCAGGUGGGGCUGAGUGCCCAGCCGAAAACGUACUCGCCCUUCACAGACAUCGUCCAGCAGGGGUCGGCAGGCAACGAAAUCUUCUUCAUCGUCCGCGGCGAGGCCGAAGUCAUACACGAGACGCAGGACACUCAUGAGCCGUUCAAAAAGACGGCCCGUGCAACUUAUCUACGUCCGAGGCUCAAGGCCGGCCAAUACUUUGGAGAGGUAGCCAGUCUCGGGCUGUCGGAAGGCCGGACGGCCACCGUGCGUGCGAUCACCACGGUAGAAUGUCUGGUGAUACCCGGCGACGCGCUAGAUACGCUGUGGAGCCGUUGUCCGCCAGACAUCAAGUUACAAGUGGAGGAGACGGCACGCAAGAGGUAUAAGACGUCGGACGAGGAUAUAGAAAUGGUGGAUGCGGCGAUCCCGGGUCCGCGCACCAGCAAGUCGGACCCUCCAACGCCGACGACGCCCAAGCCUCUGCCGCACAUGACCUUUACGACCCCGUCGAAACCCGCUUCUCCCACCAAGGACGACGGCGACAACAUGGAGCCCAAGGAUCCGGACCCCUUCCUGAGCGUCGAUAUGGAAAACAUGCGCAACAGAAGACGCAAUUCCUUGGCCCCGCCCACGCCGCAAUCCGACAACUCGUCGCCGAUCGCGCUGAACGGGUUCAGAACACACCAUGUCGAGUCGACACCUCUCCGCUUCUCCAUUCCCCAAUCCCCUCCCGACUCGGAGGCGCCCGUCAAGCGAGCCCGAACGCUGCCGCGCCGGCCCUACCCAGCCCUGGUCCCCGCUCUUCCCGACGACAUGCUGGUCGCCGUCUUCCGGUACUUGGACAUUGCCGAGCUGAUGCGGGCACGGCUUGUUUCUCAUCACUGGCGCAAGCUGUUGACUACACAUCCUCGAGUGUGCCUGGAUCUAGACCUAUCGCAGCACAACAGGAGAGUCACGGACCUGGCCAUCAGGACGGUGAUUGGCCCUUUCGCUGGCACACGUCCCGAGACCAUUGACAUCAGCAAUUGUUUCCACAUCACGGACGACGGCUUCCGUAGCCUGUGGGAGACGUGCGGGCGCAACGUCAAGCGGUGGCGCAUGCGAUCGGUGUGGGACGUGUCCGCGAACCAGAUUCUGGACAUGGCGGAGAACGCCAAAGGCCUCGAGGAGAUCGACUGGAGCAACUGCCGCAAAGUUGGGGACAACCUUCUCGCGCGCGUUGUCGGGUGGGUGGUGCCCGAGCCUCCGUCGCCCAGCAAGCAAGUGGUGGUCUCCAGCUCGACUGCCAAGUCGAAGCCUCAGAAGGCCGCCGCGACGCAGCAGCAAGCGCAGCAGGCCGCUCAGCACCGGGCAGCCAACAUCCCCAAGCCUGGCACCAUCAUUGGGUGUCCGGCCCUGAAGCACCUAAACUUGUCGUACUGCAAGCACAUUACUGACAGGUCAAUGGCGCAUCUCGCGGGGCAUGCGUCGAACCGCCUCGAAUCGCUAUCCCUGACGCGCUGCACAUCCAUCACGGACGCGGGCUUCCAGUCGUGGGUGCCUUACCCUUUUCGAAACCUGUCGCAUCUGUGCCUGGCCGACUGCACCUACCUUACCGAUAACGCCAUUGUCUCUCUCGUUGGCGCGGCCAAGAACCUGACACACCUCGACUUGUCCUUCUGCUGCGCCCUUUCCGACACGGCAACGGAAGUAGUCGCGCUCGGUCUGCCGCAGCUGCGGGAGCUCCGUCUCGCCUUCUGUGGCAGCGCCGUCUCGGACGCGAGCCUGCAAUGUGUGGCCUUGCACCUGAACGAACUCGAGGGCAUCUCGGUCCGGGGCUGUGUUCGAGUCACAGGCGGCGGCGUCGAGACCCUGCUCGAGGGAUGCGGUCGGCUGCAAUGGGUCGACGUGAGCCAGUGCCGGAACCUCGAGAAGUGGAUUAGGAGCGGAGGCGUCAUGCGAUGGGGUUUCGACGAGCGCGGUGGCAAUGGUAUGUCGCCCGGGCAGGUUCCUCUGCCGCUGCCCAACCCAUCGCCCACGACGAACCACGUCGGCUUGGGCGGACGACCGCUGAGCUUCCGCCGGAGAACAAGAAAGCCUGUGCGGUUCAUUGUGGAGAAGGGUGCUUUUGGCCUCCGGUGAA